UUUUGCAAUGAGGUUGGAAACACCACUGUGAGUGUGAGCUCAACAGAAGUCUACUCUACAGUCAGACUCAUUCUAAACAUAGACAGAUCUAGGGACUCCUAAGAACACACCUGAGCCUUUAAGACUCCCCAAUGUUAUCUGGACAGAUAUAAUACUUUUCAGUAGUUAAAAGGGAUUUAUUAUACACAAGUUAUCACCACAAGGCUACAUUUGAAGAUCUUCGACUUCUUUUCACACAUCAAGAUGUUCCCUCCAGACGUGUGGAAUUCUACAGUCCUGAUGUGGUUCAAUGCGUCUGAGCUGAAUGCUUCUCUGGAGAAUCCGGAGGAGGGGGAGCACCCAUUCCUGACGGACGCCUGGCUGGUGCCUCUCUUCUUCGCUCUCAUCAUGCUGGUGGGGCUCAUCGGGAACUCUCUGGUAAUCUAUGUAAUCUCCAAACACAGGCAGAUGAGGACUGCCACCAACUUCUACAUAGCUAACUUGGCUGCCACAGACAUCAUCUUCCUGGUGUGUUGUGUCCCGUUUACAGCCACUCUCUACCCGCUCCCUGGGUGGGUAUUUGGGGACUUCAUGUGCAAAUUUGUUGCCUUUCUACAACAGGUGACUGUUCAAGCCACCUGCAUUACACUCACUGCUAUGAGUGGGGACCGCUGCUAUGUCACAGUCUACCCCCUGAAGUCCUUACGCCAUCGCACUACACGAGUCGCCAUGAUAGUCAGCAUCUGCAUAUGGAUCGGUUCCUUCAUUCUAUCCACCCCGAUUUUCAUGUACCAGAGGAUUGAGGAGGGCUACUGGUAUGGACCGAGACACUACUGCAUGGAGAGGUUUCCCUCUAAGACCCAGGAGAGGGCUUUCAUCCUGUACCAGUUCAUAGCUGCCUACCUGCUACCUGUCAUUACCAUCUCCUUCUGCUACACACUCAUGCUGAAGAGGGUGGGCCAGCCGUCAGUGGAACCAGUAGACAAUAAUUACCAGGUCCACCUGUUGUCUGAGAGGACCAUCACACUGAGGAGUAAGAUCUCCAAGAUGGUGGUGGUGAUUGUCCUCCUAUUCACCAUCUGCUGGGGGCCUAUACAGCUCUUUGCCCUGUUCCAGUCCUUCUACCCCAACUACAGGGUCAACUAUGCCACCUAUAAGAUUAAGACCUGGGCUAACUGCAUGUCCUACGCUAACUCCUCCAUCAACCCAAUCGUUUACGGCUUCAUGGGAGCCAGUUUCCGCAAGUCUUUCAAGAAGACUUUCCCCUUCCUGUUCAAACACAAAGUUAGAGACAGCAGUGUCAUGUCGCGCAUGGCUAACGCAGAAAUCAAGUUAGUUGCUGCAGAGGAAGGCAACAACGAUGGGAAAUGAAAUGAGCCAUGGUCAGAGUGAGCUUCCGGGGGACAGAGCUGCUGGAGAUUCAGUUCACUGUGCACACAACCAAACAUACACAUGAUCGACUGCUGUGAAUGCACACUGCUCAACAUAGCCUGCUCAUGUCAAACCAGGAAGUCUGAAAAGACAGACUGAAUGGAGCUAGUAGGCUGAGUGGGCGGGGAGCUCACCUUGAAUGACUGUUCUUUGAAAAAGUCUAGCAACAUGGAUGCAGUGACAUGUCAAGCAUAUUUGCUGAUACACAAAACAACUCAAACAUCAUUGAAAUUGCAUGCAACUUCCAAGCCUGUCAUACAUCACAUCAUGGUGUCACUCCUGCUCCCUACCUCCAGUGCUCGAUGUCACCGGUCUACUAACCACCGGUCCUGGCAACCGACAUUGCGCACGCCUGCUCGCCAUUAUUACACACACCUGCACAUCAUUUGCUCCUUGAUUACUCCCACUUUAUUUAGCCCUCACUUGUCAUCAGUCAUUAGGUGGGAUUGUGCUCUCGCACGUUCAUACGUGGCUGAUAUUUUGUUCUUGUUUAUCAUUUCAUUAUUAAACUCACCUUCUGCACCUGC